GAACCAAGAUGGCGCGGACGGCUUCAGGCGCGUCACGCCACCGGCGCGUCACGCGAGCCGCCCUACGGGCACCUCCCGCGCUUUUCUUAGCCCAGCAGACAGUGACGGAGAGGGGAGCGGGGGAGUAGGCGAGCGGAAAGCAUGGCCCGGGGCUUGGCGGUGGCCUGGGCGGUGCUUGGGCCGCUGUUGUGGGGCUGCGCGCUGGCGCUGCAGGGCGGGAUGCUGUACCCCCGGGAGAGCCCGUCGCGGGAGCGCAAGGAGCUGGACGGCCUUUGGAGCUUCCGCGCCGACUUCUCCGACAACCGACGCCGGGGCUUUGAGGAGCAGUGGUACCGGCGGCCUCUGCGGGAGUCAGGCCCCACCCUGGACAUGCCGGUUCCCUCCAGCUUCAACGACAUCAGCCAGGACUGGCGUCUGCGGCAUUUUGUUGGCUGGGUGUGGUAUGAACGGGAGGUGAUCCUGCCGGAGCGAUGGACCCAGGACCUGAGCACAAGAGUGGUGCUGAGGAUUGGCAGUGCCCACGCCUAUGCCAUCGUGUGGGUGAAUGGGGUCGACACGCUAGAGCAUGAGGGGGGCUACCUGCCCUUUGAAGCCGACAUCAGCAACCUGGUCCAGGUGGGGCCCCUGUCCUCCCAGCUCCGCAUCACUAUCGCCAUCAACAACACACUCACCCCCACCACCCUGCCACCAGGGACCAUCCAAUACCUGACCGACACCUCCAAGUAUCCCAAGGGUUACUUUGUCCAGAAUACAUACUUUGACUUCUUCAACUACGCGGGACUGCAGCGGUCUGUGCUUCUGUACACGACACCCACCGCCUACAUCGAUGACAUCACCGUCACCACCAGCGUGGAGCACGACAGUGGGCUGGUGAAUUACCAGAUCUCUGUCAAGGGCAGUAACCUGUUCGAGUUGGAAGUGCGUCUUCUGGAUGCAGAAAACAAACUCGUGGCGAACGGGACAGGAACCCAGGGCCAACUGAAGGUGCCGGGUGCCAGGCUCUGGUGGCCAUACCUGAUGCACGAACGCCCCGCGUAUCUGUACUCGUUGGAGGUGCGACUGACUGCACAGAUGUCGCUGGGGCCUGUUUCUGACUUCUACACACUCCCUGUGGGGAUCCGCACUGUGGCUGUCACCGAAAGCCAGUUCCUCAUCAAUGGGAAACCUUUCUAUUUCCACGGUGUCAACAAGCAUGAGGAUGCGGACAUCCGAGGGAAGGGCUUCGACUGGCCGCUGCUGGUGAAGGACUUCAACCUGCUUCGUUGGCUUGGUGCCAACGCCUUCCGCACCAGCCACUACCCCUACGCCGAGGAAGUGCUGCAGAUGUGUGACCGCUAUGGGAUUGUGGUCAUCGAUGAGUGUCCUGGUGUGGGCCUGGCACUGCCGCAGUUCUUCAACAACGUGUCCCUGCAGAACCACAUGCGGGUGAUGGAGGAAGUGGUGCGCAGGGACAAGAACCACCCCGCCGUCGUGAUGUGGUCUGUGGCCAACGAGCCUGCGUCCCACCUAGAAUCUGCCGGCUACUACUUGAAGAUGGUGAUCACUCACACCAAAGCCUUGGACCCCUCCCGGCCUGUGACCUUUGUAACCAACUCCAACUAUGCAGCAGACAAGGGGGCUCCGUAUGUGGAUGUGAUCUGUUUGAACAGCUACUACUCUUGGUAUCACGACUAUGGGCACCUGGAGUUGAUUCAGCAGCAGCUUACCACCCAGUUUGAGAGCUGGUAUAAGACGUAUCAGAAGCCCAUUAUUCAGAGCGAGUAUGGAGCGGAAACGAUUGUUGGGUUUCACCAGGACCCGCCUCUGAUGUUCACUGAAGAGUACCAGAAGAGUCUGCUAGAGCAGUACCAUGUGGUUCUGGAUCAAAAACGCAGAAAGUACGUGGUUGGAGAGCUCAUCUGGAAUUUUGCCGAUUUCAUGACUGAACAGUCACCGACGAGAGUGCUGGGGAAUAAAAAGGGGGUCUUCACUCGGCAGAGACAACCAAAAAGUGCAGCGUUCCUUUUGCGAGAGAGAUACUGGAAGAUUGCCAAUGAAACCAGGUAUCCCUACUCAAUAGCCAAGUCACAGUGUUUGGAAAACAGCCCGUUUACUUGAGCAAGACUGACACCACCUGUGUCCCUUCCUCCCAGAGUCAGGGCGACUUCCACAGCAGCAGAACAAGUUCAUGGCAGACCAGAACGUUUCUGGCCUGGGUUUUAUGCUCAUCUGUGCUAGCAGGGACCACUAGAGGUGGAAAUAGAAGAUUUUCUAGUAUGGAAAUAAAGAGUUGGCAUGAAAGUGGCUACUGAAAA